AUGGCAAAACCCAAAGAGAAAAUUUCCAUCAUUGUUGGAGAUUAUGGCCCAAUGUGGGUUUACCCCACCUCUACAUUUGACUGUGUUGUAGCAGAUCCCAGGAAAGGCUCCAAAAUGUAUGGUUUGAAGAGUUACAUCGAGUAUCAAUUAACAGCCACUAACACUAAUCGAUCUGUUAACCACAGGUAUAAGCACUUUGACUGGCUCUAUGAGCGUCUUCUGGUUAAGUUUGGGUCAGCCAUUCCAAUCCCUUCCCUCCCAGACAAGCAAGUUACAGGUGAGUAUAUUGCAGACCUGAGCCCAGCAAUCAUAGAACAACUUGGAGAGAGGAGAGACUGCUAUGUAACCAGUCUUUGGAUUUGA